AUGGCAGCAGGCGAUGUGACUCGCCGCGCUUCUAUCACAGCGCCAUCUAUGCAUCGACGGCCGUCAGCACGUCGCGGUUCUCUCAUCAAAAAUCCACAAACGCAAUCACAGGAAGUGCCGUGGGACAUCAUAGACCGAUGUGCGCUUCCAAUAGUGUUGUGCCAUGCUCUUGCCGUCGUGCUGUCAACUCUCCUAAAUGCUAUGCAUCUUAGUCAAGUGUCCGUAUUCACCCUCUUUCUCUGGUUUUCUAUAUCUGUCACAGGAUCGCUGUGGUUUUAUCAUAACCUACAGGUGACAGCAGCGGGCAAAGCUGUGCUGGUGACAGGAUGCGACAACGUUUUAGGAAACGCCCUUGCUCGAAAGCUGGAUGACUUAGGAUAUCAUGUAUUCGCUGGCUUCCAGAAUAAGGCUGGAAACAUCGAUGCCGACAUGCUUAAAGAAGACUGCUCGGGGCGCCUUCAUACCCUACAGCUUGACAUUACAUCUGAAACGCAGAUUUUGUCAGCCUCGUUGUACAUCGUAGACCAUUUACCAGAGGGCGCUCAAGGUUUGUGGGCGAUUGCAAACUGUGAGUCGUGGUGUGCGCUCGGCGAACUAGAGUGGGUGCCCUUUUCAGUAAUCCGCCGGGCUAUGGACGUUAAUCUCUUAGGUCCUGCCCGUUUAGUACAAGUAAUGCUGCCGCUGGUAAGACGUGCGCGAGGUCGCGUUGUGAUGGCAUCGUCCAUUUUAACCCAUGUUGCCGCUCCCGUUCGUGGCGUCCAUGCAGCAUCGCUAGCCGCUCUUGAAGCGCUCGCUGCUUGUCUCCGACGUGAGCUUAAACCACGUGGGGUCGAUGUUGUAGUAGUUGCUGCAGGAGAAUAUACAACUGGCAGUGCGUGGUUGUCAGAAGAGAAACUUCUAGAGCAAGCUCGUGACAUGUGGAAGAGACUCAGCGAUGAACAAAAAGGUGCAUACGGCGAAGAUUAUUUCGAGCAAGCACUCCGAAGUCUUGAAAAGUAUACAAAGAGCGCUGAUGCUGACCUCACCGCAGUUACUCGCGCGCUAUGUGACGGCGUGACCCGCACUUUUCCUCUGGCCCGUUAUACCCCUGUAUCACCCCGUGAGAAGCUAAAGUCUUUACUGGCUGAACAUCUACCUCGCUCUCUAUAUGAAGGACUCUAUACUGAUUAA